GCCGCUGCCAGAGGGCGCCGCGGCGGGCCUCCGCGCAGUCAGCGCCGGGCCUUGCGACCCACCGCAUGUCAUGUGACCCAACAUGGAAGAUUGUGAGCUCGCCCAAUACCGCGACAUGAUCAUUGAAGGCGAGCUGCCGCUGGACCUCAGGCCCCCGCCGAGGCUCUAUCUCCCGCAUUAUUUACGUGAUGAUCGCGACGCUGAAUAUCCUCAGGACGAUACGUACGUUUCCGUGGAUGAAGAUACGCCGGAGUUGCCGCCGCCGUCCAGCGACUCGGAGAGGUACGACGCCUCCAGCCCGACGGACAAGAAACCCUCCUCUCCUAAGAAGCCGAAGCAGAAGUCCUCGUCACAGUUGAUUAAGCCGCCAUAUUCUUACAUAGCGCUCAUCACGAUGGCCAUACUGCAAUCGCCUCACAAGAAACUGACUCUAAGUGGCAUUUGUGAAUUCAUAAUGACUCGGUUUCCGUACUAUAGAGAAAAGUUUCCAGCCUGGCAGAACUCUAUCAGACAUAACCUUAGUUUGAACGAUUGCUUUAUAAAAAUCCCGCGAGAGCCAGGGAAUCCUGGAAAGGGAAAUUACUGGACGCUGGACCCGCUGGCUGAAGACAUGUUCGACAAUGGCAGCUUUCUGCGGCGUCGGAAGAGGUACAAGCGGCCAGCGCCGUCCCUGCAGCACGCUCAUGCUGUAGUGGCUAUGCUGGCGCGGGAGGCGUACGCUCCCCUGCUGCCUCUGCCGUGCUACCUGCCUCCAACACCGCUGUUGACCCUGCCUCGCCCGCCGCCGGCAGCAUUGCGUCCAGUUCCCCUGCCUCCCAGAGUGUCUGAGAUGACAGAGCCGCGAAACAAGCGCUCGAGGAAUGGAUUCUCCAUAGAGUCCAUAAUUGGAUCCCAAGACACAGUGUCGGAGCCGAGAAGAAGUGCGUUCUCGCCGCUGCAUCAGGGGAAUAGCCCCCCAGACGACUGGGCCAGGUGAAUGUAUCUGAACGGGGGAGUUUCCACACCUUCGCCGUUUUGAAACGCACCGCCGGACUCUACGUUCCUCGCAAACUGACUGAUGUGCCAACUAUGAAUGAUAUGAGGUGUUAAUAUCGUGCUGUAUCAGAGACAAUGAUUUCCAACGGUUUCUUGAAUUAAUCAUAAAAAUUGACCAAAUUGAAAAGUUACCGCGGUAUUUUGUUAAUUUAAUAGUUAAUGGUAUGAAAGUAAGUAUACUUUAAUGCAUGGUUUUAAACGGUUUUUAAUUUAAUUUAUGUUGUUUAAAAUUAAAAAAGACAUUCGUCCGUUAUAUUAUGGUUAAGAUUACUGUGCUAAAUUAUAUAUUCUAUGCUAAAGGGGUUUUAAAAAGAAAAUAGUAGUAACAAUCUUUUAAAUAUUUAACUGUUCUUUUUUAUUUUUCGCUGCAGUUUAUGUGAUAUUUUAAAACUUGUUUUUAUAAUGUAAAUUCAAGCGUUCUUUAAUGAAAUUGCACUAUACAUAUUAUUAAAUGUAUUUUGUUAUGCAAAAGAAAUGCCAAGAUAGUGUUUAAAUAUCUCUAGUCAUUCUAUGUACAAAGUAGGUUCAAUAAUUGUAAAAUUGUAAGUCUCAUUGUAAAUAUUUUUUUAUCGUAAGUAGUUAUGCAAUAUUUAGUGUAGGCGAGUGGCAACUUGGUCUUUUUCAUGCGCGUUUAAACGCUGCGUUUUUUCUGCCGUUGAACAAAUGUGUGGAAUUCGAUUUAGUGGGUCACGAUGUAUCCAAAUGUUAUGAUAAUUGUAGUAUAUUUUUGUGUAACAUGUAACAAUAAGGAUAUAAAUAUAAAAUAA